GUGUCGUAUGGAACUGAAGGUGGGAAGCUACUUCCUCAUACUUAUUCGAAUCAUACCCUUUCAUUUUUCAGUACGCGCCGUAGCGGUGUCCCGUGCUGAGCUGUCGAACAAAACCGAACUGAUUCAUUUACGUCCAAAAUUAACAAUUGUCAUCGGUCAUGGAGGGUGUGUCUCGUGCUAACAGUCUCUUCGCUCUGGAUCUCUAUCGGGCUCUGAGCGCGAGCAACGCUGAGGGAAACAUGUUCUUCUCUCCACUGAGCAUCAGCGCAGCGCUCAGCAUGGUCUACCUUGGAGCCCGAGGAGAGACUGCCAAAGAAAUGGCAAAGGUUUUGUCCUUUAGUUCUGUCUCUGAUGUUCACUCUCAUUUUGAGACCCUCACCUCAACUAUUAACAGUCCAUCAGCUUCCUACAUCCUCAAACUGGCAAACCGUCUCUAUGGAGAGAAAACCUUCAGCUUCUUACCUGAGUAUUUGGAGUCCACUCUGAAGCUGUACCACGCUGACCUUCAGGCUGUGGACUUCAUUGGAGCAUUUGACGAGUCACGACAGCUCAUUAACAAAUGGGUGGAAGAGCAGACAGAGAAUAAAAUUAAAGAUCUUCUUAUCCGCGGUGCUGUAAAUGAGUUGACCCGUCUAGUUCUGGUUAAUGCCAUCUACUUUAAAGGGAACUGGAUGCACCAAUUUGAAACAAGAACAACUAAAGAAAUGCCAUUUAAAAUAAACCAGAAUGAGAGCCGGCCUGUGCAAAUGAUGUACCAGAAGAAGAAGUUCCCUUUCAGAUACAUCCCGGAGUAUGAAGUGCAGGUGCUGGAGUUACCAUAUGUAAAGGAAGAGCUCAGCAUGUUGAUCCUUCUUCCAGAUGAAACUCAGGAUGGCUCUGACCCUCUUCUUAAGCUUGAGAGCAAGUUGACCCUUGAUAAGCUGCUUGAUUGGACCAAAAGAGACAAAAUGGCUACGCAGAUGGAUACCGUAGUCUACUUGCCAAAGUUCAAGCUGGAGGUUGAGAGCUCCCUAUCAGAAAUAUUGCAAAAGAUGGGUAUGAGCUCUGUGUUCCAGGAAACAAAGGCUGAUCUGACAGGCAUGAGCAGUAAAGGUGGCCUCUUCCUUUCAGCAGUGAUCCACAAGGCUUUUAUUGAAGUCAAUGAGGAAGGCACUGAGGCAGCAGCAGCCACUGCAUGUACAGUAAUGCUUUGCUGUGCCAUAAUAACAAAACCUUUCAUAGCAGAUCACCCCUUCUUGUUCUUCAUUAGACACAAUCCCACUAACAGCAUCCUGUUUCUUGGCAGAUUCAGAGGCCCAUCCUAGAAAUUUAUCUUUUCUGUUACAUCAAAAUUCGUUGAAUGUUUUAUUAAAUCAAUUGCACCACAUACAUUUGUCAAACAUUAUAUUACUCCAGAUUGCUUAGACAUUUAAUAUUGAGUCAGGGAAUCAACUUUUCAUAACAACAACAUUUUAUGAACAUGGUACAGUAUUGUUCAAAAUAAUAGCAGUACAAUGUGACUAACCAGAAUAAUCAAGGUUUUUAGUAUAUUUUUUAUUGCUACGUGGCAAACAAGUUACCAGUAGGUUCAGUAGAUUGUCAGAAAACAAACAAGACCCAGCAUUCAUGAUAUGCACGCUCUUAAGGCUGUGCAAUUGGGCAAUUAGUUGAAAGGGGUGUGUUCAAAAAAAUAGCAGUGUCUACCUUUGACUGUACAAACUCAAAACUAUUUUGUACAAACAUUUUUUUUUUCUGGGAUUUAGCAAUCCUGUGAAUCACUAAACUAAUAUUUAGUUGUUUGACCACAGUUUUUUAAAACUGCUUGACAUCUGUGUGGCAUGGAGUCAACCAACUUGUGGCACCUCUCAGCUGUUAUUCCACUCCAUGAUUCUUUAACAACAUUCCACAAUUCAUUCACAUUUCUUGGUUUUGCUUCAGAAACAGCAUUUUUGAUAUCACCCCACAAGUUCUCAAUUGGAUUAAGGUCUGGAGAUUGGGCUGGCCACUCCAUAACAUUAAUUUUGUUGGUUUGGAACCAAGACUUUGCCCGUUUACUAGUGUGUUUUGGGUCAUUGUCUUGUUGAAACAACCAUUUCAAGGGCAUGUCCUCUUCAGCAUAGGGCAACAUGACCUCUUCAAGUAUUUUAACAUAUGCAAACUGAUCCAUGAUCCCUGGUAUGCGAUAAAUAGGCCCAACACCAUAGUAGGAGAAACAUGCCCAUAUCAUGAUGCUUGCACCUCCAUGCUUCACUGUCUUCACUGUGUACUGUGGCUUGAAUUCAGAGUUUGGGGGUCGUCUCACAAACUGCCUGUGGCCCUUGGACCCAAAAAGAACAAUUUUACUCUCAUCAGUCCACAAAAUGUUCCUCCAUUUCUCUUUAGGCCAGUUGAUGUGUUCUUUGGCAAAUUGUAACCUCUUCUGCACAUGCCUUUUUUUUAACAGAGGGACUUUGCGGGGGAUUCUUGAAAAUAUAUUAGCUUCACACAGACGUCUUCUAACUGUCACAGUACUUACAGGUAACUCCAGACUGUCUUUGAUCAUCCUGGAGGUGAUCAUUGGCUGAGCCUUUGCCAUUCUGGUUAUUCUUCUAUCCAUUUUGAUGGUUGUCUUCCGUUUUCUUCCACGUCUCUCUGGUUUUGCUCUCCAUUUUAAGGCAUUGGAGAUCAUUUUAGCUGAACAGCCUAUCAUUUUUUGCACCUCUUUAUAGGUUUUCCCCUCUCUAAUCAACUUUUUAAUCAAAGUACGCUGUUCUUCUGAACAAUGUCUUGAACGACCCAUUUUCCUCAGCUUUCAAAUGCAUGUUCAACAAGUGUUGGCUUCAUCCUUAAAUAGGGGCCACCUGAUUCACACCUGUUUCUUCACAAAAUUGAUGACCUCAGUGAUUGAAUGCCAAACUGCUAUUUUUUUGAACACACCCCUUUCAACUAAUUCAACUAAUUGCCCAAUUGCACAGCCUUAAGAGUGUGCAUAUCAUGAAUGCUGGGUCUCAUUUGUUUUCUGAGAAUCUACUGAACCUACUGGUAACUUGUUUGCCACGUAGCAAUAAAAAAAUAUACGAAAAACCUUGAUUAUUCUGGUUAGUCACAUUGUACUGCUAUUAUUUUGAACAAUACUGUAUGUUUGUCUCAGAUGGAACAGGAAAAAACAUCAUCCAGCAGUACUUUACCAUUAUUUUACCAUUAAGGGAUGAGUGGUACAAUAUAAACCAAGAUUUGACAACAGUGAAACUAACAUGUAACCAGAAUUGGUUUGUUUUGGUUCAAUAAUGAUGGUUUUCUGAUCUCUGUUGGUGACCUUGCCAUUUGCACUCUUAAGGUUCAAAAAUUUACCUUUUGAGGUUCCUGGAGAUUGCAGCUGUGGGGGAACCUUAAAGGGUCAUUUUUGAACUUUUUUGAAAAGGUUCUAAUUGGAAGUGGCGAUCUCCUGCAGAGUUUAGCUCCAACCUUGAAAAAAAACCUCACAUUUCUGUAGCCUUAGUAAUCCUGAAGACCUUGAUUAGAUUUUACAGAUGUGUUUGAUUAGGGUUAGACCACACCGGGUGUCACUCCUGUCUGCUAAGAACAGGAAACGGAGGCUACAAUUUGCUCACCAAAAUAGGACAAUAGAAGAUUGGAAAAAUGUUGCCUGGUCUGAUAAGUCUCGAUUUCUGCUCCGACAUUCAGAUUCAAAAUUUGGCAUAAAGAACAUGAAAGCAUGGAUCCAUCCUGCCUUGUCACAAUGGUUCAGGCUGCUGGAGGUGUAAUGGUGUGAGUGGUAUUUUCUUGGCACACUUUGGGCCCCUUAAUACCAAUUGAGCAUCAUUUAAAUGCCACAGUGUACCGGAGUAUUGUUGCUGACCAUGUCCAUCCCUUUAUAAAAACAGUGUACCCAUCUUCUGAUGGCUCAAAUCACAAAGCUCAAAUCAUCCCAGACUGGUUUCUUGAACAUGACAAUUAGUUCACUUUACUCAAAUGGCCUCCACAUUCGCUAGAUCUCAAUCCAAUAGAGCAGCUUUGGGAUGUGGUGGAACGGGAGAUUUGCAUCAUGGAUGUGCAGCCAACAAAUCUGCAGCAACUGUGUGAUGCUAUCAUGUCAAUGUGGACUAAAAUCCCUGAGGAAUAUUUCCAAAACUUUGUUGAAUCUAUGCCACGAAAAAUUAACGCAGUCCUUAAGGUAUCAUCAGAAUGUGAAAUUAUAUGGAUGGGAAAGUUUAUAGGUUAGUCACAUUCAGCUUUAUUUGCUUUAGGCUAUAUUUGAAAGUAAUUUAGUAUGCCUGUAUAAAUUAAUGCAAAUGAUCAGAACACAAUAAAAAAUGUUGUUUUGCA